UCUGAAAGCAGUCCGGGACCUUUUAUAAAGUCAAACAGAUAAAGCAAAUUCUAGAGAUGUGCUAGGGACCGGAAAAAAAAAAAAGUACGUUGUUUUCUUUCAGUUGUGGUCACCAGCGGAUAAACUGUGUCUCUAGAUCCCUUGCUUCAUAUUUCCCAAAAACUUGCUUCCAGCCUCAGUGAACAGCCUGUGUAGUUUUCCUCUCUGGCAAUAUCCUCUGAGCCUGCCUUGGCCAACGGGAUGGCCUUUGGAACUGGCCCCUGGACUCCUCACCCCAGCUUUGAUUAGGAAACAGCAGCACCCCGUGUGUGAUCCUGUCCCAUGGCUGGGACAGGGGCUUCAGGUCGGCUCAUACCCACUCCUCAUCAAUUAUGGACCAGUUCACAGCAGCCCUGUGUGUCCAUGGGGUCUGCAGAGAGGGAGGAGACCACUUACUUCAGAAGUCAGGACUUAAGAGCCGGCUGCCAGUCUUCGCCAUGGAGCUGCUGGCUCUGUGGUAGAAGUCCUGACCCAGCCUUCCAAGUCAUAUUCCUGGCAUGCUUCCCAGAAAACUGGGCAACAUGGGUAAGAGAAAGAUAAGCGUGUGUCAACAAACUUGGGCUUUAUUACAUAAGAACAUUCUUAAAAAGUGGAGAAUGAAAAGAGAGCCACUAAUGGAAUGGAUGAACGCGUUGCUCCUCCUACUUUGUUUGUACUUCUAUCCUAUUGGUCAUCAAGUUGAAGACUUUUCUUUACGGCCUCCUGUGAACCUCGGAAGGGUAGAUUCAUUUAAUGAAUCCAAAUUUGCAAUUGAAUACACACCUGUCACCAAUGUAACCCAACAGAUAAUGAGCAAAGUAGCUACUACCUCCUUCAUGACAGGUAGAGAAGUCAUGGGACUAUCAGAUGAAGAAAGCAUUAAAGAAUUGAAAGCAGAUUAUCAUGAGGAAAUAGUAAGAGUCAUCUUUACAAACACAUACUCAUAUCAUCUGAAAUUCUUGUUGGGACAAAGAAUCCCGAUCAGUAAGGAACACAGGGACCAUACAGCUCAUUGUUUUGAAGAAGAUGAAGAUGUUGACUGUUACAUCUCAAUAUUCUGGAAGGAAGGUUUUGUGGCUCUUCAAGCUGCCAUUAAUGCUGCUAUUAUAGAAACCACAACAAAUCAUUCAGUCAUGGAGGAACUUAUGUCGGUUACCGGAAGAUACAUGAAGAUACAGCCCUUUAUUAGUCAAGGAGGAAUCGCAACUGAUUUUUUCAUUUUCUUCUGCAUCAUCUCCUUUUCCCCAUUCAUUUACUAUGCAUCCAUCAAUGUCACGAGGGAGAGGAAAACGAUGAAGGCCUUGAUGACCAUGAUGGGCCUGCAGGAUUCAGCGUUCUGGCUCUCCUGGGGUUUGCUCUAUGCUGGCUUCAUCUUCAUUAUGGCCCUUUUCUUGGCACUUAUUAUAAAAUCUACCCAGUUUUUUAUUCUGACCAACUUCAUGGUAGUUUUUACCCUCUUUCUCCUUUAUGGAUUGUCACUGAUUGCUCUGGCUUUCCUGAUGAGCGUCUUGGUGAAGAAGUCUUUCCUCACUAGCCUAGUGGUGUUCCUCCUUACUGUCUUCUGGGGGAGCCUUGGAUUCACAGCGUUGUACAGAUAUCUCCCAGUGUCUUUGGAGUGGAUUUUCAGUUUUCUUAGCCCGUUUGCUUUCACCCUUGGAAUGUCCCAGCUUUUACACUUGGAUUAUGACGUAAAUUCUAAUGCAUUUCUUGAUGCACCAGUCAGCUCCAAUCUAAUUAUAGCAACACAUUUCAUGUUGGCCUUUGACACUUUCCUCUAUCUGGCACUCAUGAUGUACUUUGAAAAAAUUUUGCCAAAUGAAUUUGGACAUCAACAUUCACCCUUGUUUUUCCUGAAGUCCUCAUUUUGGUCACGACAACAAAAGGCUGAUCAUGUGAUCCUUGAAGAUAAAAUAGAUUCCAGUCCUUCAUCUAAUGACUCUUUUGAACCAGUGUCUCCAGAAUUCCAUGGGAAAGAAGCCAUCAGAAUCAGAAAUAUUACAAAAGAAUAUAAAGGAAAACCUGAUAAAAUAGAAGCUUUGAAAGACCUGGUAUUGGACAUUUAUGAAGGCCAAAUCACUGCAAUCCUUGGUCACAGUGGAGCUGGAAAAUCAACACUGUUAAAUAUUCUUAGUGGGUUGUCUGUUCCCACCAAAGGUUCUGUCACCAUCUACAAUAAUAAACUUUCAGAAAUGGAUGACCUAGAAAACAUCAUCAAGAUCACUGGAAUUUGUCCACAAUCCAAUGUGCAGUUUGACUUCCUUACUGUGAAAGAAAACCUUAGGCUAUUUGCUAAAAUAAGAGGGAUUCUGCCACAAGAAGUGGAGCAAGAGAUAGAAAGAGUUUUGCUGGAAUUGGAAAUACAAAAUAUUCAGAAUGUCCUGGCUCAAAACUUAAGUGGUGGACAGAAAAGAAAACUAACCUUUGGGAUUGCCAUUUUAGGAGAUCCUCAGGUUUUCCUAUUAGAUGAACCCAGUGCUGGAAUGGAUCCCUUCUCAAGACACAGAAUUUGGAACCUCCUGAAAGAGCGUAGAAGAGACCGUGUGAUCCUUUUUACUACUCAGUUCAUGGAUGAGGCUGACCUCCUGGCAGAUAGGAAAGUGUUUCUCUCCAAAGGGAAACUGAAGUGUGCAGGUUCUUCAUUGUUUCUGAAGAAAAAGUGGGGGAUCGGUUAUCACCUAAGUUUGCAGUUGAAUGAACUAUGUGCUCAGGAAAAGAUAACAUCUCUUGUUAAACAGCACAUCCCUGAUGCCAAAUUAUCAGCAGAAAGUGAAGGAAAGCUUGUCUAUACACUACCGUUAGAAACAACCCAUAGUUUUCCAGAACUUUACACGGAUCUUGAUAGCAAUCCUGGCCUAGGAAUUGAGAAUUAUGGUGUUUCCAUGACAACUUUGAAUGAAGUGUUCCUGAAGCUAGAAGGAAAAUCAGCGCUCGAUGAAUCAGGUGUCAACAUUCUAGGAGAAGCACAAGGGGAAAGAGCUGGGGACACAGAAAGACUUGUUGAGAUGGAACAAAUUCUCUCCUCACUUAUGGAGAUGAGAAAGACAGUAGGGGGCGUGGCUCUCUGGGGUCGACAGAUCUGUGCAAUUGCAAAGGUUCGUUUGCUAAAGUUGAAGCACGAAAGAAAAGCUCUUCUAUCACUGUUGUUGAUUCUGGUGGUUGGAUUUUUCCCUCUUUUUUUGGAGUAUAUCUUGGUGAAAGUUCAUCAAAACAGUUACACUUUGGAACUGUCUCCUCAUCUGUACUUCCUGGCUCCUGGACAACAGCCACGGGACCCUCUCACUCGAUUAUUGAUCAUCAAUAACACAGGGGCGAGCAUUGAUGAGUUUGUCCAUGCCGUGGAGCGCCAGAGCAUAGCUGUGGAAGUAGAUGCAGCUGGAACUAGAAAUGGUAUAGAUGACCCUUCUUAUAAUGGAGCCAUUAUAGUAUUUCAUAAUGAAAAGAAAUACGACUUUUUAUUAGCAUGCAAUACCAAAAGACUGAAUUGCUUCCCAGUUCUCAUGGAUGUUGUUAGUAAUGGGCUACUUGGAAUGGUUACACCAUCAGCACAUAUUCAAACUGAGUGGAGCACAUUUUUGAGGAGAAUAUGGGAUAAUCCAUUUGAAAUCCUGGGAUACACCUUAUUCUGGCUGGUUUUGGCAUCCAGCUGCCCUCCUUACAUUGCCAUGAGCAGCAUUGAUGAUUACAAGAACAGCGUGAGGUCGCUGCUGCGGAUUUCUGGCCUCUUUCCUUCCGCCUACUGGCUCGGGCAGGCGCUGGUGGACUGGCCGCUGUACUGCCUGUUUUUCCUUUUUAUGUAUUUAAUGGAUUACGUCUUGAACUCCCAAGAGACUGUAUUUACGCUUGUGAAUUAUUUCAUUCAAAUCCUGUGUGCUGUUGGGUAUGCCAUAUCCCUUAUCUUCUUGACAUAUGUGAUUUCAUUCACCUUUCGCAAGGGGAAAAAAAAUAGUGGUAUUUGGUCAUUUUGCUUCUAUGUUGUAACUGUAUCCUCUGUGCUUAUAUGUGUGUUGGAAAACUCUGAAAGUGUUCCACUAUUUUUCAUCACUUUUUUAGUACCACAAGCCACACUGAUUGGCUGUCUGUUCUUAUAUUUUCAUCUUUUCAUGUUUACUGUCUUCGAUGAUGAACAACAUACUGGAGAACUAUUUCUGGUCUUCCUAAUUCCCUUCCUUCAUGUUAUCAUUUUUCUUUUUAUUCUCCGAUGUCUGGAAUGGAAAUUUGGAAAGAAACCCAUGGGAAAGGAUCCCUUCUUUAGAAUUUCUCCAAAAAGUGGUGAUGUGUGUCAAAAUCCAGAAGAACCCCAAGGGGAGAACGAAGAUGUUCAGAUGGAAAGACUGAGAACGGCUGAUGCCUUGAAUUCCACAGACUUUAAUGAGAAGCCAGUCAUUGUCGCCAGCUGUCUACGCAAGGAGUACGCGGGAAAGAAGAAGCAUUGCUUCUCUAAGAGGAAGAGCAAAGUAGCCACCAGGAAUGUCUCAUUCUGUGUCAGGAAAGGUGAAGUUUUAGGGUUGUUAGGACACAACGGAGCUGGUAAAAGUACAUCCAUUAAGGUGAUAACUGGAGACACGAAAUCAACUGCUGGACAGGUGCUACUCCAAGGGAGCAGUGGAGGGGAUGCCCCUGGGUUCCUGGGGUACUGUCCUCAGGAGAAUGUGCUGUGGCCCAACCUGACCGUGAAGGAGCACCUGGAGGUGUUUGCCACCGUGAAGGGGCUGAGCAGAGGUGAUGCUGAGCUCGCCAUUGCACGGUUGGUGGAUACGUUCAAGCUGCAGGAUCAGCUGAAGGCUGCCGUGAAGACCUUGUCAGCCGGAAUAAAGAGAAAGCUGUGCUUCAUGCUGAGCAUCCUGGGGAGCCCGUCAGUGAUGCUUCUGGAUGAGCCAUCCACCGGAAUGGACCCCGAGGGGCAGCAGCAGAUAUGGCAGGCAAUCCAGGCCAUCAUUAGGAACACAGAGAGGGGCGCCAUCUUGACCACCCAUUACAUGGCGGAGGCAGAGGCAGUGUGUGAUCGCGUGGCCAUCAUGGUGUCUGGAAGGCUGAGGUGUAUUGGCUCCAUCCAACACCUAAAAAGCAAACUUGGCAAAGAUUACCUGUUGGAGAUGAAGGUGAAGACCCUCGCACAGGUGGAGGCCCUCCAUGCAGAAAUCCUGAGGCUUUUCCCCCAGGCUGCUCGGCAGGAAAGGUACUCUUCUUUGAUGGUUUAUAAGUUACCAGUGGAGGACGUGCAACCCUUAGCCCAGGCUUUCUUCAAAUUAGAGAAGCUCAAACAGAGCUUCCACCUGGAGGAGUACAGCCUCUCCCAGUCCACCCUGGAGCAGGUUUUCCUGGAGCUCUCCAAGGAGCAGGAGCUGGAUGUUUUUGAUGAUGAACUUGAUCCUUCAGUGAACUGGAAGCUUCUCCCACAGGAAGAACCUUAGGCCACGAGUACUCUGUGUUCCCGUGGAAGCCUGUGGUUGCUUUUUAAAGACAUUUAUUUUGGUAGCAUCAAUGUCAUAUUCAUAGAAACCACAUUAUAAACACUGAGAUGGCUCUUCGUGUAGAGAGAGGAGCGGCCAGCUUAGCUGCAGGGACAUGGUGGAUGGCCUGUCUGAGCCGCCUCCUGCCCCAGCCUCUGCACCCCAGAAGGCUGCUCUGGCUCCAUUUUUCUGUAGAAUGCUAAAUAAAUACGGUUACUUUUAUACAACUAAGUUUCUAAGUAUGAUAAACAGACUUCCUUUCAUAUUUUUGAGUCAAAAAUCUUAAAACACACUUUUCUAACUCACAGUAAGUAUUCCAUAUAUUUACUCUCUGAAUAUUUAUGACACUUUAAAAAACUGAUAUCAUCAUAAAAAUUUACUUUUUGAAGUAGAUUUCAGUAUGUUUGUUAUGGCUAAAAGUCACACAGCAUCAUUCGUCAUAGUAUCUGAUAUCAAUGUACUUAAUACACCCAUUGGCAGCACUACAACCCAGACACACUCUGCCAAACCAAACACCUGCCAUUAGGAAUAGAUGGCACUUUUUAUUUCUGUAAACCAACCGAGUCCCAUUUUCAUGGUAUUUUCAUAUAUAGGCUGCUGAGAGCCAUAGCCAAGUAGGAAUGACACAUGGCAUUUUUGGUUGAAAGGUGACUCCAGCAAGCCAUUGAGAUGAUAAUGAUUAUGUUAAGAAGUGCAUUCAAUUGGAGAUUAGACCCCUGCUGUCUGCUGGCCUGCUACUUUGGAGCUCUCCUGGAUUGGGGAAGUGCCUUAGGAGGGAAUUCCGGAGGAGGGAUUUCCUGUUGGUGUAGUGUGUCCCGGGAGAAGGCCGCAUGCGUGGCAUUCGCGGGAGUUUUGGAAAUAAAGUUUGUUCCUACUUGA